UCUGGUAAAAAAAAAAAAAAAAAAAAAUUCCACUCUUGUACCCUCUCCAAACCGUUUCAUAUAUAAAUUCUUACUCCUAUAAAAGAAUUCAGCCAUAUAUGCUUCACUUAGAUAUAGACAAAGAAACAUAGAGAGAGUUCCAACUUCCAAGACACAAAGAAGAGGAACAGAAGAAGAGUUAACAUACAGUACUACUACUAAGAUUUCUUUUGGUCAUGGCAGAGGAAUUUCAGACUGGGAUUUGUGGAGGCAACUGGUGGAUGAAUCCAUCUAGAAGCACUUUCACAGGAAGCUCAUCGCCAUGUUCCAUGGCACUCAAUGACACUGGAAGCUAUGCAUGGUCUGAUAUGGUGGACAUGAAGGGAAGGCCAUGUGAGGAAACUAAUUCAGUCUCUGAUAGCUCCAUAGUUUUCCAAGAUGUUCAGAAGCCUCAACAACAGGCUGAUUCAGGCAGUGGCUGUGGCAGUAGUAGUAUCUUGAUUGAUUCCACACUGCAAAUGAUGGGUUUUGGCCUUUCAUCAUCUUCAACAACAUCCGAUUGGAAUCAAGCUUUGCUUCGGAAUAGUGGACGAGCUGAGAGCAAUUAUAAUUCUAUGCUUCAAGAAGAAAUGAAUUCAAGUUUGAAUUACCAACAAGAAAGAGGAGUAGAUUCUACUCAAAUCCAAAAGAAUUGGAGCCCAAAAAACCUCUCUAAUGGAGGUGAUCAACAAGAUAAUUCAUCCAUCACUGCUUUUAAGUCAUCUGUAAGUCAAGACUUUUCAUUGGACACUGUCAGUAGCUCUACAGGCAACUGUACAGUGACUUGCCAGGGCUUAUCCACAAGCUUUCCUGUGGGAUCAGCUUCUUAUGGAUACCCUUCAACAUUGAUACAAAGUUUAUUUGAUCCUGACCCUCAACCACAGCAAUCUCUAUUCAACAAUAGGUCUCUGAGCUAUUCAUCCACCACUAAUUUUGGUGCCAACACCAAUGAAUUAUCACCUACUUGGCCUAGGUUUGCUCCCUUUUUGCCAAAGCAACAACCUUGUGGCUUGCACUUCACUAAUAACACACCCUUUUGGAAUGCCUCCACUGCCGUGGCCACGGCGGGUCUAAAUGACAGUAUUCGAGCUGGGGUUUUUCCUUCACCACCAUCACAAUAUCUAGUACCAACAUUUGAAGAGAAACCCAAGUGUUCCAACCACACGACAAAGCCUAUCAGUGAAGAUGUUCAAGACUCGGUUUCAGUGGUGAAGAAAAGUGUCAAUGAACCUGUAUUCAAAAGGCCUAGAAUUGAAACCCCAUCACCAUUACCAACUUUUAAGGUUCGGAAAGAAAAACUAGGGGACCGAAUAACUGCACUCCAACAAUUGGUUUCACCUUUCGGAAAGACUGAUACAGCCUCCGUUCUCCACGAAGCUAUUGAGUACAUCAAGUUCCUCCAUGAUCAAGUCAGUGUUUUAAGUACUCCAUAUAUGAAAAAUGGAACUCCAAUUCAACACCAACAGGGUUGUGAUAAAUUGGACACAGAAGGCCCAAAACAAGAUCUAAGAACCCGAGGACUUUGCUUGGUUCCAAUUUCAAGCACAUAUCCAGUUGCUAAUGAGACCACAGCUGAUUUUUGGACACCAACAUUUGGAGGAACAUUCAGAAGCUACAAUAUUGCCGUGCUGUACCAGUCAUGAGCAAAAGCUAAAGACACAAAGAAAAGGGAGAAAAAGAAAGAAAGAAAGAAAGAAAGAAAAGGAAAUGACACUUCAAAGAUGGACAGGCAGUGCUGCUGGGCCAGGUGCAAGCAGAAUGAUUUAGGCUAGCAAAUGAUUAGUAGCCUCUGGAAAUGAGAGAAUAUAUAUAUAGGUACUAUUGUAAUAACCCCAAGUAUUAAAUAUAGUUAGAGGUGGGUUUAGGACAGGAACAACUACUAAAUUCAGCGGAAUUUAACACUAAUAGUUUUAGAUUUAAUUUUGCUAUUGUUGUUGUUGAGAAUAGCUGAAUUUAGCAGGAGGGUGUGAUUCAUAAAGGCCCUUUUGUUCCUGUUUAUGUAUGUGUAUAGAGCUGGCACCACUACCACCACCAUCUUUUAUAUAUUUAUUUAUAUAAAGAAAACAGAAAAAAAAGAAGAAAUAAAAGGAGAUUUGUAUUGAAUUCGUAUAUAUUCAACAAAAGGAGUGAGUGGAGCUUUUGUUUGAA